AGUUUAUAGUUUAUAUACACACACACACCAAAUCACUUCACUCAUUUAACCAUCAUCACCACUUUCGAUCGAUUCUCAUCUGAAAUUAAACAUGGAGUACGGCAGGCUCGGCAAGUACCAGCCGGGAAAGAACCGACCUGAUACUCCAUUAACGCCAAGUGAUUACUCCAUCCACUCAUCUUCAGGGUCAACAACCAACUCUAGUUCAAAAAUAAAGCUGCUUCUCAUCUUUGCAUUCACCCUCAUUGUCGCGUCGGCGGUGUCGGUGGGUUUGGUGAUGCGUCUCCGAACUAAACCCCACGGAGGAGGAGAAGGAGGAUCUCAGUCAAUAAUUCACCCCCGGCCGACGGAAGCCAUGUCACGAGUUUGUGGUCGGACACGUUACCAGAAUCUGUGUAUGAAGUCGCUUCUGGAUUUUCCGGGAUCACUGAGCGCGUCAGACAAAGACAUGAUCCACAUUUCGGUGAACAUGACGCUGCAGCGCGUCGGAAAGGCGUUGUACACGUCAGCCGGGAUUAGUAAUGUUCAGAUGAACACACGUGUACGAUCGGCAUAUGAGGACUGUCUGGAACUUCUUGAGGACUCCGUGGACCAGCUUUCACGUUCACUGUUUUCGGUGGCUCCGUCUGUCGGUGUCGGUGGCAAAAACGGGCAGCAGCGCGUCGGGUCAACACAGGACGUGAUGACGUGGCUCAGCGCUGCGCUCACGAACCAGGACACGUGUACGGAAGGUUUGUCGGAGGUGGAAAACGGGUACGUGAAAAAGCAAAUGGAGGAGAAGCUAAAGGACUUGUCGCAGCUGGUGAGCAAUUGUUUGGCGAUAUACGCGGCGGCGAGCGACGGUGAUGAUUUCAAUGGAGUUCCGAUACAGCACCGACGUAGGAGGUUAAUGUCGUUUCCAAAGUGGUUGGGUAGGAAGGAGAGAAGGUUGCUGCAGUCGCCGGUGGCCGCCAUUCAAGCCGACAUAGUGGUGUCGAAGGACGGCAAUGGGACGUGUAAAACGAUCAUGGAAGCGAUAAAGAAAGCGCCUGAAUAUAGUAGCCGCCGGAUCAUAAUCUACGUGAAGGCAGGAAGAUAUGAAGAGAAUAAUUUGAAGGUAGGGAGGAAGAAAACGAAUUUGAUGUUCAUAGGGGAUGGGAAGGGCAAAACCGUCAUUACAGGAGGAGUAAGUGUAGUGGCUAACAAUGUCACAACUUUCCACACCGCGUCUUUCGCGGCGACCGGCGCUGGUUUCAUAGCAAGGGACAUGACAUUCGAGAACUACGCCGGCCCUGCGAAGCACCAAGCCGUAGCACUAAGAGUUGGUGCAGACCACGCGGUGGUGUACCGCUGCAACAUCAUCGGAUACCAAGACACGUUGUACGUUCACUCCCAACGCCAAUUCUUCCGUGAAUGCGACAUCUACGGGACCGUCGAUUUCAUCUUUGGAAACGCCGCGGUGGUCUUCCAAAACUGCAGCAUGUAUGCCCGAAAGCCCAUGCCCCUCCAAAAGAUUACCAUCACCGCCCAAAACCGGAAAGACCCAAAUCAAAACACCGGGAUUUCAAUCCAUGCUUGCCGCCUCCUCGCCCAACCGGAUCUAGAGGCAUCAAAGGGUAGUUUUCAGACGUAUCUUGGGCGGCCAUGGAAGCUGUUUUCCCGGACGGUGUACAUGUUAUCCUACAUGGGGGACCACAUUCACCCUCGGGGUUGGCUCGAAUGGAACGCAACCUUCGCGCUUGAUACCCUCUACUACGGUGAGUACAUGAAUUACGGGCCAGGUGGCGCCAUCGGGCAACGGGUCAACUGGCCGGGGUAUCGUGUUAUCACCACCACCGUCGAGGCCAGCCGGUUCACCGUUGCACAGUUUAUAUAUGGGUCGUCCUGGUUGCCUUCUACCGGAGUUGCUUUCUUAGCUGGUUUAUCCGAGUAAUUAAUUAAUUAUAUAUAUAUAUAUAUAUCUCUAAUAAUUAACACUUGAAAAAAAAUAUUUUUCCAUUUAUAUAUAGGUGUUGAAUUAAAAAUAAACAUGAAAGAGCAAAACUUAUGCAUGUCAAUUAGUUGGAUAUAAGGUUAACGGACUUUGCAAAACAUAGUCGCAUAGUACCAUCUUGUACUAUAAAUAAUAUUCCUUUGUAUUUGAUUUAAUAUUUUAUUUUGGAUUACGAGUUCAGUAAACAUUAUUGAAUUAUUUGAAGCUG